GCAAUAUAAACUGAUCCUUCGCUUUCAUAUGUCAACAGCAUGUACAAAACACUUGAGAGAUACCGCACCUGCAACUGCAACUCACAAGAAGCAACCCCUCUAGCAGAAAAUGAAAUAAAUUACCAGCAAUAUCUGAAGCUGAAGACCAGACUUGAAUAUCUUGAAAGUUCACAAAGAAAUAUUCUCGGUGAGGAUCUGGGCCCACUUAGCAUGAAGGAACUUGAGCAAAUUGAGAACCAAAUAGACAUAUCCCUCAAGCAUAUCAGGACAAGAAAGAAUAAAGUAUUACUUGAUGAGCUAUAUGACCUGAAAAGUAAGGAGCAAGAAUUGCAGGAUCAAAACAAAGACCUGAGGAAGAAGUUGCAAGACACCAGCUGUGCCGAGAAUGCACUCCAUAUGGCCUGGCAAGAUAGAGGACAGAGUAGCUCAAGUGGGCAUGCCAUUGAUACUACUUAUCCAGGACUUGUGCAACACCCGGAACAUGAUUCCUCCAUGCAAGUUGGAUACAAUAAUCAGGUCUACGUGGACCAGCCGAACAACAACGAAGACAUGGCUUCUCAGCGCCUUCAUGGACUUGGAACAUCUGCAGGUUGGAUAUGAUUGACGUCGAAUCUGGAGUCCAGAAACUCUGCAUAUGACUGAUGUAGUCACUUGUCUAUGUAUUGAGAUCGCUGCUCUUGGCACUUUUCGGAAGAAUAAACAGGAGUCGAGUACGUAUCUAUUGUAAUGGUUUAUUCAUCCACGGACAUGGGAGUGGGACAUCACGUGGCCUGGCGUUGCGUCCCGUACGUAGCUAAUAUAUUUCGAUUUGUGUGUCAUUUGUUAUAUUUUGUGUGCUGAACGUGUGGUCAUUACGAACCAUAUGUAUGAAUCAAAAUUCCUCUUGUUGUA